GAGGUUAUGAUAUAUUGCUGGUUGGUUUCUUGGUGAAAGUUUGGGUUUUUUCUCCUCUAAGGAUCAUUGUCUAGUAAAUUCCUACAGAAUGUGUGAUCAGUUCUUAGGAACCUGGAAACUUGUCUCCAGUGAAAAAUUUGAAGAUUAUAUGAAAGAAUUAGGAGUGGGCUUUGCCAUGAGGAAACUGGGCAGCCUGGCAAAGCCUACUGUGAUCAUCAGUGCUGAUGAGGAUAUGCUAACAAUCAAAACAGAGAGCCCUGUUAAAAAUACAGAGAUCUCCUUCAAGCUGGGCCAAGAAUUUGAGGAAACCACAACAGAUAACAGGAAAACUAAAAGUGUUGUAACCUUGGACAAUGGCUCAAUGAUUCACGUGCAGAAAUGGGAUGACAAAGAGACCACAAUAAAGAGAGAGGUGGUGGAUGGGAAAAUGGUCGUGGAAUGUACCAUGAAGUAUACCAUCUGCACUAGAGUCUAUGAGAAAGCAUGAGGAAACUAUCUGCAGUUAACUGCAACUUGCUGCUGGGAACUGGCUCAGUUCACAAGAUAAAUGCUACUGUUUUCCUUCUGUUUGUAAAAGUUUUGAAUAGGCACAUGCCUGCAAUGUACCAUACUUCAGCUUCGUUGCUACUUGUUUGAACUGGGGUUAGUGAAUAAAAAUAUUUGCAGACUAAUGA